AAACUACAACAAAGUAUCUUCUAGUUCAUUACUACACCACACAAUUUUUACGUCUACUACUACCUUUUAAUUACUACUUUUCUUUUUAUGUCGAACAUUGCUAUAUAUUGGGUUGGUUGUCACAAACUUGCCGGCAAACACAAGCAAGCUGAUACCCGGAGCAAACUGCGUCAUUGGAGGGAAUCUUCUUUUGGCUUUUCCCCUUUUUUCUCUUUCUUUAUCGUUUAUUCAUUUUCCACUCUUCUUAUUUAUCUAUGCAUGACAGGGGAUAGAAUGGAGCGAAACAAAAGAAACAUCGGUUGGAUUAAUGGUUGGAGCAAGCGGGAAGGAAGGAUGAGAGAAACGGCAUGGAAUGAAUGGGUGUCUUGUGGGGGGAGUACGGGAUUUCAUGGUGCUCGCUCAUAUAACGUCAAACUUAUGGUCUGCUCAUGUGCAACAAUUUUAACUAUUCGAGGAAGAAAGUUGACGAUUGGAAUGAGAAAUGUGAAUUUUCGUGCUUCCAAAACUCUUGAACAAAAUUGUGGAUGAGAUUUUGCGCUUUAAAAGAAGACGUGCUACGUAAUUCUUCGUGAGUGACGGUGUGUGGUCUUUGUGGAACCAUGUAUUGUUGGCUGAAAGAGAGGUUCCACGUGUGUCUGCUUGCCCUGUUUCCUUUCCCAUCUACGAACGCCCCUCUUCUCCUCAUCUUAUCUGCUCCCCGGUAUUACCUUUGGUGAUUAUGAGUAUGUAGAACCUUCGGGAGGCUGGGGGAUCUUCUUGUUGGCGGGAGGCAGCUGCCUGGGAUCGACGACGCCAUUCUGGGGGUUGACGCAGGGGAGGUUGACCUG